UUUUGAGUAUUUUUAGCCCAAAGUUAAGACGUUAUGUUUCAGAGCCUUGAAAAUUUGCUUUCAUCGUAUAUAAAACAUUUAAAUGGUAGCGCAAAUUCCAGUUUUCGAUAGAAACUUGCAUCGAGAAACAAUGUUUCAAAACUUGCACAUAUAUUCAUGCGAUAGUACUACGAUCGUACGAUGCACUCUUAACUGUCAAAACACCGACCGGGAAACGUUCAAGUCCCUAUUGCACUAUAUUUUACCUUGAAAUGGGGAGAGUAUAGAGCGCAGGGGAAUAUAGACAGGCUAGGUACCUCCCAAGUCUAUCUGAAAGGUAGAUAUCGAGGCUGCAUAUGGCAAUUAAUGAUAGACCAAAUGUCAUCUAGCUCUUAAAUAUUGAUUUUUCAGUGCUUUCAGUUGCAUAUCAUAAAAUUGAAGACUUAUCUUGUAAAAUUAAAUAAAACCUGAUAGUGUUGGCUUUUAAAUAUUAAUCAGUGGUCAAUUGAUUGAAUAGUUAUUGAAAAUCUAUAUAGUAAAGUGUUUUUAAUAGGAAACUAUUAAAAUUUGUUACAAUUUAUUAAAUAAGUAGUUCUCAAUCAUGAUGACUGGAGAAGUAGAGGGUCCCAGCCAAAUCAGAUAUGAUAUCAAAAUCACACUCUACCGAGAUAGGAAUGGAGAAGUAGUGUCUGCUACAGUUGCAGUAAUCCUUAACUACAUGGGAGUAGAAUAUGUCGUAUAUUAACGAUUUAAUUGGAGUUCUAAGGGGAGUGCGACUUGUUGCGGAAGCUUCAGCAAUAACACAAAAGGAAGUAGCUUCUGUAGUAUGGAAUAACUCCAGUUUAAAACCCCUGUUGACUAGCUGCCCACCUGUCACGAUGUCGUUCAACCCGGGUCCUACCACUGCCAAGGAAUGGGUGGACAGAGCGUUGGCCGUGGCGCACGGUCUGCGACAGUUCGCAGUCAUGCACAUACCUAACAUCAAGCACAGCGCCGUGAGGCCGCAGGCGGAGCAGCAGAUGAGGGAGGAGAUCGACGAGCUCAACUUAGAAUUCAACCGCACAUUCGAGACCUUGAAAAGAGUCCAGAUAGUAGAUCCACCUGAACCUGAGUCACCUACGGUCGAUAUUGUGGCUCCUAUUGAGGACCUUCAACACCAACUGGAAAUGGAAAAGAUCAAAAGAGCCGAGGAUAUAGUGCAAGCCGUGUACUCCCCUGAGCCAAUCAGCUUCGAAGAUGAGCCCAUGUCUAGCUCCAGCGAUGAGCCGAAGCCUAAACCGGUGGCUAAGAAGAAGGUUAGGAUUGCGCUGAGCGAGAACUCUAAGGCUCGCGUGGUCCCGUCUUCUCGUCUCGGCCGCAUGCUGUCGUUCGGAUCUCUGGCAGCUGGCUUGGGGGUCGGCACCGUGGCCCAGUACGCCAGGAACACUUACGAGAAAGUUACGGGACGUGUUGAUGACACGGCUCAUGCUUUCUUGUCUCCGGCAAAUGCUGAGAGAAUUGUGGACACACUGUGCAAAGUUCGAGGAGCCGCUCUCAAGCUUGGACAGCUGCUAAGUCUCCAGGACGAUUCCCUGAUCUCACCCGAGCUGCAGCGUAUCUUCCAACGCGUGCGUCAGUCUGCUGACUUCAUGCCGUCGUGGCAAGUUCAUAAGGUUCUCGCAACACAGCUAGGCCCGGAGUGGAGGGUCAAGAUAGCCAGUUUCGAGGACAAACCUUUUGCAGCUGCCUCCAUUGGUCAAGUACAUCUGGCCAUACUUCACGACGGCAAGGAGGUGGCGGUGAAGGUGCAGUACCCGGGCGUUGCUAAAGGAAUUAACAGCGACAUUGACAACCUCAUCGGCGUCAUGAAGGUCUGGAAUAUUUUCCCGCGUGGAAUGUUCAUCGACAACAUAGUGGAGGUUGCUAAGAAGGAGCUGUCUUGGGAGGUAGACUACCUGCGCGAGGCCGAGUGCACUCGGAAGUUUAAGAAACUACUCGCUCCCUACCCGGAGUAUUUCGUGCCGGAAGUUAUUGAUGAGCUCUGCUCCCCUGAAGUGCUCACUACGGAGCUGAUCGAAGGAGUGCCGCUGGACAAGCUGUUCGACGCCGAGUACGAGGUCCGCGUUGACAUCGCCUACAAGAUCAUGCAGCUCGUGCUCAGGGAGAUGUUCGUGUUGCGCUGCAUGCAGACCGACCCCAACUGGGCCAACUUCUUCUACAACCCCACUACCAAGCAGGUGAUUCUGUUGGAUUUCGGCGCCACCCGGGAGUACUCCAAGGAGUUCAUGGACCAGUACAUUGAGAUCAUCCAUGCCGCCUCGCUCGGCGACAGGGACGCCAUUUUGCGAAUGUCGCGUGAGAUGAAAUUCCUGACCGGCUAUGAGUCUAAGGCGAUGGAGGAGACUCAUAUCGACACCGUUAUGAUAAUGGGCGAGGUGUUCACGAGCGCGGGCUCCGGGGAGUUUGAUUUCGGUACGCAGCAGACGACGCGCCGCAUCCAGGCGCUGGUUCCUACCAUCCUGACGCAGCGCCUGUGCCCGCCACCAGAGGAGAUCUACUCUCUACACAGGAAGCUCUCUGGCGUCUUCCUGCUCUGCUCCAAACUACGCGUCAAGAUGAACUGCCGCAACAUGUUCCAUGAAAUUUACGACCAGUACAAGACUAAUAGCUUCAGAUAGACUUUAGCCUCCGUAGCCAAGGUGUGGUCAGCCUUCUCGUAUACCGUAUUCUCCAACGAUUUUAUGUCAACAUUUGAUUAUUGAGCAUAAAAUCUGGCGUUAUCGAUGUGUCAUUUAAAACUUAUGAUCUCAUAAACGUUGAGAACGAUCUUCCUUGUCAUGUUCUUGGUAAAGAUCUUCGCGGCGCUUAACAAUGUUGGCAUUUUUUCGAAAACUGAGGGGAGAUCGUUUUUCAGCGUUUUACUUUUAGAAUAUUGUUUAAAAUUAGUAGAUCGGUGUUAACAUUUAAGUCGUACAUAUUCAUUGAUGUUUCAGUAUAAAUUGAUGUUGAUUAUAGUUACAUUCCUAUGUCUUGGUGUCACUUACAAUUACAUAUUGAUGUCUCACACAAUCUCGGUGUUCUCUAUUAAUUACAAUAUGACGAUGUAGUGUCAAUCGAUGUUAAUUACGAAUUACAUAUUAUCUCGGUGUUUUGAUGUUUCUGAUUAUUGGUGUCAAUUAUCUUAAUCAAUGAUGAUUCGUUGUCUUGUCAAUCAGUGUCAGAACAGUUACAUAUUUAUGUCUCGAUGUAGUAGUUUAUCCAUAUUCAUUAAAUAACAUUUUAAUAUUGCCGUGAAUUCAAUCGAUGUUUAAUAUAAUUACAAUUUGAAGUUUUAGAGUACUCAGUAGUAAUAACAGAUACAUUUUGUUAUCUCGGUGUAUGGAUUCGGUGUUUUUAACAUAUUGAUGUUUUUCGUGUAUACACAGUGGUGUUUAAUCCAUUUCAAUUCAGGUGUUAGAUGUCCAGGAAGUAAAUGUUUAAAAUUUUAGGAUAGUAAGAUGAUCGGUAUUAGUAAGGGAUUGAUAAAAACACAUUGUUCGGUUAAUGAAAGUGAACAGCAAAAUAUUGGUAGAAGUCAACACGACGAUCGAUGUCGAUGUUUCGUGGCACAUGAGCUCCGAUGAUAUGCAGUAUAAACAAUGUGUUUAAGUUGGUAGUUAUUCAUAAAUGUUAAAAUAAGUAGUUGUAGUAUUACAAGUAGGGAACUAAUUCUAUCAUACGAGAAAUAACUAUUAUCCUUCUGAAUCUAUCUCAACUGGCAUUUCAGCGUAACUUAUGCAUUUUAUUAUAAUAAUUGUCGAAAAUAUACAAGGUUAACUGACCAACUAAUAACAGAACUAAAGAACAAUUCGAAAUGCUCAUGGAUUUGGAUACAAAUUGUUUCGCACUUGUUUUCUUGCGCAAGUUUUUAAAUUUAAUUUAAAAUACGCUUGUUGUGUAUCCAAUACGGCCUAGUCAUUACUUAUAGUAUGUAUUUUUAAGUAUUUAUUAAGAGUCACUAUUUGGAUAUGUUAUUAUUUUAAGUAAAUUUAAUGGGCUUAUAAGUUUAUCGUGAGUUAAAAGAAUUAAAACAAAAUUUCAAUUUAAAAAAUCGAUUAUUUUGCUUACAUCGAGUAAAAAUACAUAUCAUGGAACGAUUUUGUUUCACAAAAAUUAUUUCAAUUACAGGGUUUAUUAUAUGCGGAUAUGAUUUGAUCAUGAACAAAUUUUGUGCAGGCACAAAGCUUAAGACUAUUUUAUAAAGUAUUAUUUGCAUUUAGCGGUGCUAAGCUCUGAAGAGUUUUAAUGAGCACGUUUAAUUUUUUAUGCUUAUAUAUAAAUUUUGUACUUCUACAAAGUAAACGUAUGUCUAAUGUAUAACGUAGUAGUAGUGGAUUCUAUUGACUCUGACCACACCGAAGCUACGAAGGUCUCUCAUUAAAAACUACCUCGUUUUAAUGUAGACCACGAAUAAAUUGUGAUUGAUUUGUACUUGUGAAUCUCACAAUGAACUGUAAAAUUUCUAUGAUGCUGUAAAGUACCUACUUAUAUUAAAUAAAGUAUCUUCUUGUGGA